CUUUCUCAAUACAUGCAUUUACAAAGAUAAAAGAACUGCAUUAAUCACUGAGUUUAAGAAAUAAUGAACGCGGGAUUCCAAGAGUUAUAUUUUAAUUGUAAUUUUCAAUUUAGAUUGGUGCUUUAAUCUAAUUUCAGUGUGAAUCUUGGAUGCACAUAUCUCUAGCAUGAAGGUCCGAUUAGGUUUUAGAAUGUUAGUUUGUAUUCUAGAAAUGCGAUGAAAAAUUAUGAUUGUUGUUAAUUUAUGACGAUUGAAGGCAUUCAUUAUUUUGAUUUCAAUCUUUAAAUGUGAUCAUGAAAUUUCGAUAGAUCAAGAGAAGCAACUCGACUUCCC